AUGUUCCCAUUUGACGCUGUUGAUCAAAAAGAAGUGCUGUACACGGCUACGCGUGCCCAAAUCGGUACCAUUAUGAUCCAUCCGACCGACAAGACCUUGCUAGCCGUCACUGAGGUUUAUCACAAGCCGGAGCUAUUCGUUGCCAACGAUACAGUUAUGGACGAUCUACAGUAUCUGGUGAAUCUCCGACCACACGGCUCGCUGCAGAUUCUUUCUAUGAGCUUAGAUAUGACAACAUGGCUCGUCACUUACGUAUCGUCAGACAAGCCUCACGAGGUUUUCCUGUACCGGAGCUGGGUGAAAACGGCUGAAUUCCUCUUCAACACUCACCCAGAUCUGGAAAAAUAUACAAUGAAUCGCCAGGUCGGCUUCGAUUUCAAGACAAGAGACGACAUGGCUGCUCUGAAAACUGCUCAAGAUGUUCCGGCUGCUGAUCGAGGCUAUGCCGAACUUGGAAUGCUCCCUGUCGAACCUCAGAAGCUGGUCGUUCUGGUUCAUGGAGGUCCAAAAGCCAGAGAUCAUUAUGGGUUCUCCGGUAUGAACGUUUUCCUGACCAACAGAGGCUAUGCGGUACUCCAAGUGAACUUCCGUGGAAGUGUCGGAUUUGGCAAACGCCUCACGAAUGCUGGAAAUGGGGAAUGGGGCCGAAAGAUGCACUUCGACAUAUUGGAUUCGGUUGAAUUCGCUGUGGCAAAAGGCAUCACCAACAAAUCCCAAGUUGCUAUCAUGGGUGGAAGCUAUGGUGGCUACGAGACACUGGUUGCGCUCUCAUUUACUCCGGACGAGUUUGCCUGUGGUGUGGACAUCGUUGGUCCGUCGAAUCUCGUCAGUCUGCUUGAGGCAGUCCCACCAUAUUGGCGUGGCUUCCACAAAGAUCUCGUUCGAAUGAUGGGAGGCGAUAUUGAUAAUGAGGCCGGCCGACAAUCGCUCACUGCUCGUUCUCCGUUGUUUUUCGCUGAUCGUGUGAAAAAGCCACUGAUGAUUCUCCAGGGAGCCAAUGAUCCUCGCGUCAAGCAACAGGAGUCUGACCAAUUCGUGGCAGCACUCAAAAAGAACCACAUCCCUGUGAGCUACGUCCUUUAUCCGGACGAGGGACACGGCUUUAGGAAGGCCAAUAAUCGAUUGGCGCAGUGUGGUUUCAUCGAGAAGUUCUUGCAUAUGUGCCUUGGUGGACGCUAUGAACCUUACAAGCAAGGACAAUACAACUCCUCAGCAAUUCUGAUGUCAGACGGAUUUGCCACGGUGGCUGCGCCAGCGCCACCAGCUCCAGCGCUUCCAGCAACGAUACCGCCACUUCCCGUGGUUCCAUCCUUGACCACCUCAGAUCUUCUUUCGACCGAUAAUUCCUCAACCAGUAGCAGUCCGACCAACGAUGUAUCUCCCACCUACGGCUAA